AUGACGAUUCUCGAGGACCGUGAAAGGUUGCCCAUCCAUAAUGAUUUUCGAAGCGACACGUUUACGUUGCCCACACAGCACAUGAACGAGGUUGUGCUCGAGAAACUCUCCCAUGGUACCCUCUUGUUGGGUGAUUCGGUCUACAAGGAAGAUCCAUACACAUUGGAGCUUGAGCUGAAAAUGGCCGAGCUUACAGGCAAAGAGGCGGCUCUUUUUUGCGUCUCCGGUACAAUGUCGAACCAAAUCGGACUCCGAGCAGCUUUGCAGCAACCCCCAUAUUCCAUCCUCUGUGACUACAGAGCUCAUAUUUUCUUGCACGAGGCCGGCGGAACGGCAACCUUGUCUCAGGCAAUGGUGCACCCAGUGACUCCGGAAAAUGGCGACUACUUGACGUUGGACGACAUUGUGGAGAACUUCACUCCGGACGACGGCGACAUUCACGGUGCUCCCACCAAAGUUAUCAGCAUGGAGAACACUUUGCACGGUGUUCUCACUCCAAUUGAGGAGAUCCGCAAGAUCAGCGAGUUUGCAAGGUCCCAGGGUAUCUGGAUGCACCUUGACGGAGCCCGUUUGGUCAAUGCCAGUGUUGCAAGCGGUAUUUCUCUCAAGGAGUACUGUCAGUACUUUGACUCCGUGUCGAUCUGUUUAUCCAAGUCCUUGGGUGCUCCCAUUGGCUCUGUUCUCGUUGGCGAACGCAAAUUCAUCGAGAAAUCUAAUCACUUCAAAAAACAGGCUGGUGGUGGCAUACGGCAGGCUGGUAUGAUGACCCUCAUGGCACUCACAGCAUUGGAAGACAACUGGGACCACAUCUCGAUUGCCCACGAGUUUGCCAAGGACGUGGGUGAAUUUUGCAAGAAACAUGACAUUGUGGUUGAAUCGCCUGUUGACACGAACUUUGUCUUCAUUGACCUCAAGAAGAACAAGAUCAACGACGCCGCGCUCGUCAAAUUCGGCGAGAAGCACGAUGUCAAGCUCAUGGGCGGCAGGAUUGCGUUCCAUUUCCAAUUGAGCGAAGAGAGUGUGGAAAACUUGAAGGCGGCAUUGUACGAUUGCAAACAGGAUGCCUUGAAGAAUCCCUUUGAGGGAAGACGCUGCAACAAGCAGAUGUACAAUGUGGACGUUAUCAGGAAUCUCCAGGAGCUCAGUGUCGCCUCCAAAAACUAA